AGAUCCUGGUGCUGGGCACGGGGGACAGGGUGGAGCGGCUGCACCCUGCCAUGAUGAAGCAGAUGCGAGAGCGCGGGAUUGCUGUGGAGGUGCAGGACACGGCGAAUGCAUGUGCAACCUUCAACUUCCUGAUGAAUGAAGGGCGCGUGGUGGCUGCUGGGCUCAUCCCCCCGCGGGGCACCUGAGCCGUGUGGGCACUGCCAGGGGCUGAGUGGUUCCUCCCCUGCCUGCCUGAAGCCCCCGAGGGUCACUGCUCCAUGGUGAACUGUGGAGCUGUUGGCUCAGUGAUGGCUCUGCACAUAGGAGAGAUAUAAAAUACAUGGGCUUACCUCCUCCCUGCA